UCCAUUACGUCAUUAUCGAAACUAUUUUCAUCACACACAACAGUCCCAUUCUUCGCCGGCUAAAUUCUUCCGGUAACAAUGCUCCGAAUAUUCACUUGUUCCUCUGCUCUUCGUUCACCUUCUCCCUUCUUCCGCUUCCUUCGCCAGUUCCCUCGCUCUUACUCAUCGCCGACCAGCGUUACCAUCUCCGGCCGAAACCUUCGCCGGAAACCCACUCAAACCACUCUCCGUUUAAUCUGUUCACACUCUUCAUCUGAUCUCGUCUCCGAGCAUCCUCCGUUCGUCAAGAUCUACAAAGACGGUCGAAUCGAGCGACUUUCCGGCACCGAGACCGUCCCUGCAUCUCUAAACCCACAAAACGGCGUCGUUUCCAAGGACGUCGUAUACUCACCGGAGCUUAACCUCUCCGUUCGUCUCUUUCUCCCCCAAAAAGCCACCGAACUCGCCGCUGGCGAUAAAAUCCCUCUUCUUAUCUACAUCCACGGCGGAGCUUGGAUCAUCGGGUCCCCUUUCUCUCCCACUUACCACAAUUUCCUCACGGAGGUUGUCAAAUCGGCGAAUUGCUUGGCGGUGUCGAUUCAGUACCGCCGUGCACCGGAGGAUCCGAUUCCGGCGGCGUAUGAGGAUUCAUGGUCGGCGAUUCAGUGGGUUUUCUCCCAUUCGCAUGGAUCUGGUCCUGUGGAUUGGAUUAAUGAAGUCGCCGAUUUCGACAGAGUUUUUCUCGCCGGAGACAGCGCCGGAGCCAAUAUGUCGCAUCACAUGGCCAUUAGAGCAGGGAAGGAGAAGCUUAACCCUAGAAUCAAAGGGACUGCGAUUGUGCAUCCAGCUUUUUGGGGAAAAGAUCCCGUCGAUGAGCACGAUGUGCAAGACAGAGAAGCCAGGAGACGAAUUGCGGAGGUUUGGGAAAAACUGGCGAGCCCGAAUAGCGUCGAUGGUGUGGAUGACCCGUUGUUUAAUGUAAUCGGAUCCGGGUCGGAUUUUUCGGAGAUGGGAUGUGAGAAGGUUUUGGUUGCGGUGGCCGGGAAAGAUGUGUUUGUAAGGCAAGGAUUGGGUUAUGCGGCGAAGCUGAUGAAGAGUGGGUGGAAAGGAGAUGUGGAGGUGAUGGAGGAAGAAGAUGAAGAUCAUUGCUUUCAUCUCUUAAACCCAGAUUCUGAAAAUGCUCCCAAAUUCAUGAAGAAAUUUGUGGAGUUUAUUGCCAGUUAAAGAAUAUCUUAAACUGUGAGUAUAAUUAAGAAUAAAUUUGUUGUUUGCUUCA